AUGGACAAUGUCGUAUACUACCUAGAUAGGUAUGAACAUGUAGUAUACAGUGACCCUGAUAAGUGGAGUUUCUUUGAAGUUACUGAUAUUGUGAAAGAACUUUAUCAUCUUGAGUACUCGAAUUAUUGGUUAUUGUGGUAUAACAUUAUAUCGGGCAAGCAUAAAAGAAUGGUCAGUGAUAGUGAUGCUAAUGAGGUUUAUGAAUACGUUGUUCAAUCAAAUUGUAGUGUGGACUUAUAUGUCGAGCAUAGAUUAGUUGAUGAUAAUGUUGAUGCUGGUAAUGUAAAUGAUGUUGAUGUUGAUAAUGUUAAUGAUAUCGAUGGUGCUAAUGUUUGUGCUAAUGUUGAUGAUUUUGAUGUUGAUAAUGUUGAUGAUAUUGUUGUUAAUGUUAAUGUUGAUGAUGAUGAUGAUGCUAAUGUUAAUGUAUGA